CUUCGCCUUGCCAAUUGUGCACAUUUUUAAAAUUCGGCAGAGGAAAUGACCUUUUACGAACAAAAAAAAAUGAAGAAGACUGAGGCAAUGAAGCUUUUCCAAGAAGUAAAAGAAGUAGUGGUCGAACAAAACAGGCUUAUGGUGGAACAAAACAGGCUUAUGCACCGGAUGAUUGGUCUGGCGGAGCUAGCCAUGGCUGAGGUCACAGGGACGGCGGUCGCAAAGGAGGAGUUCAAACGUCUGCCUCAAGUGGCAACACAACCACUGUUUGUGGUUGAUCCGCCACUGGCUGCUCAACCGGAACCAAUGGUUGUGUUGCCACUUGAGCCAGAGCCGGCACUGGUUAAACAAGAACCACUGGUUCCUGUGCCUUUUAAGCCAGAGUCAGUGGUUUUUGUUAAACCAGUGCCGGAAACGGAAAUAGCGGCUCCGCCCGAAAGGCCAAGCUGCUUCUCUGCGACUCGCGUGGAAACCAUAGACCGGCGUGUAUGGUUUCCCUACGGUAAGGUGCACUUCUGUGUGCUGUGUUGUCGUCGAUUUCGGAUUGUUGGCGAAAUCACGACACACCACACAGAGUGCACCGAUCCGAACACGCCAUGUUGCACUAAGUGUAAUAUGUUUCGUGUUCGGAGUAACCGUAGCUUGGCUAGCCACAGACGACAUUGUGGCGUUGACAAGACGUUGGAGUCGCUGAUCAAGCAGAAGCGGGUGGAGUUGGUAGGGUCGCAAGAGGUGGCUAAUACAACAGAUUGGCCAGCGUAUGCCGAAAGGUACUACGCAACUCAUGCGAUCAGGCCAACUCCACCUGUGAAGCAGCGGGUAGUGGCUGUGCUGAGUAAGCCGGAGCCGCUGUUUAAGAACUAGCUCGCCUACACCAAGGAGGAAGAACUGAGUCAGUUCUCAUCCGCCAAGCCCAAUGACAAUUCCCCAUGCCAUCAUUGGAUACCAAGCAUUGGUUUCAGGAUCUAAAAACAUUUUCAACUUCUCAACUUUUUAACAACACAGCCAAACACUUAGACACUUGCAUGGGUAAUACAUUAGAAUAUAUCUUCGACUAUCAACAUCUGUUUCUCCAGAACAAUUUAAACAAGCCUGUCGUUUAAUUUACACACACAUGAAGCUUGCUGCAAAGGCCCCACACGUACCAUAAGCAAUGCAGUGGAAUCCUGGAUGCUUUUAUUUGACGAGGACAUUCUACGUCUCCUUAUGCGCCAAAUAAAUGAUCAGAUACGGAAAAGAAAGAAUCGAACCCCUAAUCAACGUCUGGUGGACAUUGUAGAGACACGCUCUUGGCUAGGCUUAAGUUAUCUUUGUCGAAUCUUUCGAAAUUCCGAGUUUAAUGGACCUUUAGAUGAAUUGUGGACUUUGGAGUUAGGCAAUGCCAUUUUUAGGGCAACUAUGUCUCUAUCCAGGUUUGAAUUUCUCAAUGAAUGUCUCGCAUGUAUUAGUAAUUUAAACGAUCUCUGGCAGAAAUUUAUUAUUAAUUGUAGAUCCUACUAUAGAGCCAGCUCCUGGCUUACUGUAGAUCAGGUCAAUACGAAUUUAAGUCUUUGUUGCGAUUCCAAAACAUUGUAUAUGACAAAUUGUAACAUGCCAUAGUAGUGAUAAUUUAAUUUUAGAUAAUUUAAUUUGCGGUUUCAAAACCACAGGAAGAAAUAUUACACUUUAAGUCGGACUUAUUUAAGUUUUAAAUAAAAAUAAUGAAUCUUUGUUGUAUUAA